UUUUCUUCUUGGGAUUUUGAGAAUAUUCGCGUUUAUCACGACUUUGCAGAAUUGUGUCUGUCUAGAAUAGGCUCCGGUUAGCUCAGGAUUUCUCUUUUUGGAUUUAGAACGGUCACGGAUACCGGGCUGAACAAUGAGCCAAGGGUCAGUCAUCACAGAGCUAUGACUUUUUAAAUGAGCGAAUACCAGACGCUCUGUUGUGGUUGGAUUCAGCAUCGGCAAGAAUUCAACGAUCAAUUAGUUGACUCACGAUGUGUUCUUUUUGGAUUUAGCUCGAGUCAAAAUUCAACAGAAAUUCUUUCAUUUCCUCGUUCUGAUGAUAUUUCCCUACUUUAUGAUCAAUUAGAAGCUUGUACAAGAGAUUUACUUCGAAGUAUUUAUGUUGUUUUGGACAGUAAAAGAUUGGAUACUUCUUUUGAAAGAAUGGAUUCACCUCCUUAUAUUUUAUUACAAGAAGAAGAAAAAUAUUUGAUGGGAAUUGAUAAUGUCAAAAGUAAAAAUCAUAAGAAAAAAUGUAUUGGACGUUUACGCAAAAGGCUUGCCGAUUAUGCUUUUUUAACUGGAUAUUUUGAAGGGGCUCUUAAUUCUUACCAUUCUGCUAUUGAACUGCUCAAAUCUACACAAGAUAUGCUUUGGCUUGCUGCCGCUGCGGAAGGUUGGUGCUGUGCAGCAAUGAUAAUUAAAUAUUCUCAACAUUUAUCUCCUUAUCAGAAGGAAGGAAAUUCAAAUAGGGAAGGUUUGAGGCAUGACACAAAAGUGGAAAACAGAAUCUCAACACCCACAACAUCCUCAACUUCUUCUCAACAACACCAUUCACGUUAUCGUCGAUCUGACGAUGCAGCAAAAAUAAUUAUUAAUCAAAGUGAUACAUGUGAAUCUGAUAACGAGAAUAAUAAUGAUUCAACUAGUAGUUCAACGUUUGUGGGAUCUAAAACUUUUCCAUUGGGGGAAGAUCAAAAAGAAGAUGGUGACAAAAUUGGUGAUUCUAAACAACCAGACAAACAACAACAAAAAUUGCUCAAUAAUUUACCAUUAAAAAAUAAAAAUUUACAGAUUUUAUCUCCAUUAAAUUCUUCAACAUUUCCAUCACCAUCAGGAAUGUCUUCAGCAUUUAAAAGUUCAAGUGUUCAAAAUUUGUCAACAAAUAUCCCAACUUUAAAUAUUAAUGGUAAAACUACAGGAACAGGAACACCUCCAACAACUACAGCUCUUCCAAAUAAAAAUCUUUUAAUUAAUCGGAAUGAAAUUUUUGAAAAAUUUGGUCAAUCAUUAGAAAAUUAUGCACGUUAUUCUUUUGCUGUAUAUAUUGAAUAUGAAUGUAUGAUGAGAGCUGUUCAUUUACAAGUUGUUAAUCAUCAAUAUGUUGAAGUGGAGGCUUUUUUAAGAGAACAAACUUGCCGCUUUUUGGAUGAUAAAUUUGUCACUUUUAAUAAUAUUAUGAAAUCCUACAUUUGUUUAGCAACAGCAGAAAUUUAUCGUAAAAUUGGAUUUAAAAGAAAAUUUGCAUUUUUUCUUCGUUUAGCAGUCUUUUUUCGUCUUUAUAUGGAAAAUCAAUCUGAGGCUGAAUAUAAAAAGGUUUAUCCCUAUUUAAAUGAAAGUUUAUCUGGUUAUAAAAUUGAUUGGAGAUUACUUUCUAAUAUUUCAACAAGCAAAAAGAAUAGUUUAAAAACACAAUUUUUGACAAAAUUGGGUUCGUCAGAAACAUUUUCUCUUCAAAUUAAAGCAGUUCAUGAAGUUUUUACUGUUGCUAUGAGGGCAGGAUUCUAUGAUAUUGCAACUAGACAUUUGUGUUUUAUGCUUGAGGCAUUUUUUGAUCAUCUAGACAAAGCCACAUCACUUGCCCUAGUUGAAGAAUUAACUAAAUUAAAUUAUCAAAACAAAAAAGGCCAACAAAACUUGCUGCAUGAUUUGGAAAAACCUAUAACUUUAGAUUCUGUGCCAUCUGUUUUAUUACCUCCUUUGCAAUUUACAAAAUUUCCAAUUAUUAAAAAUAUUUCUAUUCUUCCACUUGCUGAACAUUUAUCUCCAAGUAUUCAUCCAUCAACUUCAAACCAGUCAAGCAUUUUUAUUUAUUCUCCAUUCCAGCAAACAUUUAAAGAAGAUAUAAUUUAUUGGGUUGUUGGUUGCCAUUGUGGAAUCUCUAUUCAAGUUGAAAAUCCUCUUCCAAUUGAAUUAAUUGUUGAUAAUUUAAAAUUAAUUACAGAAGGUUGUGAUUUUGAACCUCAUUAUCUACGUCUUAAUCUUCCUUCAUGUUAUGGUGGUGGUCCUUGCAUUGAUCAAACAACAAAGAAUCUCGUUAAAUUGAUGGGAAUACCUCGGUCAACAGGAACGCUCAAAAUUGUUGGUUAUUCUUGUGAAUUAUUAGGUUGCCGGAAUAUUUGUAAAUUUUCACAAGAAGAAAUAACAACAACAUCUAAUUUACAAUCAUCAAAAAAAUUUUAUUCUGUUCGUAUUCUUCCAAAUUUGCCUUUAUUAAGAAUAGAAACUUCACUUAAACGUUCACCAACACUUUAUGAAAAUCCAAAUGAAGCAAUAGCUGAAUUGUGUGUUGCUGCUGGAACUAAAUUACUCAGGAUAGAUGAUGAAUUAAAAGAAUCUUCAAAUGAAUUUGACUUUAUUUUGAAUGAUGUAAGAGCUGGGGAAAGACGAGAAAUUAUUGUUCAAAUUUUUGGAAUUGAUGCAGCAACAGCAACACCAUUAGACAAUAAUGAAGCACAAAAAUUGGGAGGAAAUUCAACAAACAAAUUCGGUGUAGAGCAAAAAGUAUAUAUUCGUAGACCAACAUCUUCAAAUUUGUCAACAACAAUUAUAUCAGAUGCAGAUUUGCCUUUAUAUCAAUUGAAGGAAAAGGAACAAAAACAGAAACAGCAAAAACAACAAAAAAUAAUUCAUUCAACAGUUUCAACUCCUUUAUUAAAACAAACUUCGGAUGAUGAUAAUAUUUCUUGUACAAGUUCAACAACAACAGGUUCAGCAACAACAAUAACAACAUCUCCACAGCAACAACAACAUCAUUAUGAUUUGAUUCCUUAUACUGGGCGUUUGUUAAUGGCUGAAUUAGCCUUUACAUACACUGCUGAUUUGGAAACAGAAAAUCAAGAGGAAUAUAUUCGGUUUGCAAAAUUGCCAUUAGCGAUAACUAUAGUCCCAGCAGUUUGUGUUUCUAAUUGGCAAGUAUUGGCAGGAGAUGGUCCAUUUAGUCGAUAUGUGGCUAUUGAUUUGUCUAAUCAAACUGAAAAUGAAGCACAAUUAACUUUUGGUUCGAAUAAUAAAAAGACCACAAUUGUUGUACAACCUAAAGAAAUUUGCAGGGUACCCCUUUUAUGUCCUUGUUGUACCCAAAUUAAAUCAAUAUCUUUUCAUCGAGUAACAAAAUGUGCUUCUUAUAUAAUGCAAAUGCAAGAAAUUGCCCUUCUUCGAUCAAAAAUUGAGAAGCAUUUAUUAAACCAUUUGGAAAUUAAUUGGAGGAUUGAACAAUUAAAUUUAAAUGGACAAGUACCUGUUGGCUCACUUUUAUCAUCAGUUUCAUUUCUUCGUCAAAUGGCAUUGCCAACACUUACAAUAGCAUUACAAAUUGAUAAUCAAAAAACAACAUCAACAACAACAAAUAAUGAUUUUAAUGUUGUUCAAGUUGGAGAAAUUGUUUGUGUUUCAAUUUCAAUUUAUUUUUCUAUUGGAGGUUUUUUUUUAAUUUUGAGGGGAUUUUUUUGGUAUUCGUAAAAAAAGAAGAGGGAUCUUUCGAGGGGUUAGGCACUUUUUUUAACCAUUUUUUCCUUUGGAUGGCCACACCUUCCUAAGUUUCCUUUAGAAAUGAUUUUUUGGUUUUUUCGGAAGGAUUUGGAGUGCCGAAAUUUUUUUUUAUUUUUCUCUUUCAUAUAAACCAGGGAUAUUAACGGCCUGACAAAAAAAAGCGCUUCGGGUUUC